AAAUUAUUGAUAUUCAAUUCAUUGCGAUAACAAGUUCAAAAGAUUCUUAUUUAUGAUACAAGUUUCAGCAAGUGAGUUUUUAAAAUGAUUUAUUUACUUUUGGCUCUCAUAGCGCUUUUUUAUGGACUCUACUUUUAUUUCUCAAGAACUUUUGAUUAUUGGAAGAAUAUGAAAGUCCGAGGACCAGAACCGAUGGUAUUAUUUGGAAAUUUCUACGAAUCAGCUAUGCGAAGAAUAUCGGCGGGGCUCACUGUAAAGAAGAUUUACGAGCAAUUUCCAGAUGAGAAAGUUGUUGGUGUUUAUGCAAUGGUUACACCUAUUUUAUUGAUAAGAGAUUUAGAUCUUGUAAAACAAAUUAUGAUAAAAGAUUUUGAUUUGUUUUCUGAACGUGGUGUCGAAUUCAGUAAGGAAGGUUUAGGAGCAAAUCUAUUUCACGCUGAUGGAGAUACAUGGCGAGUUUUGAGAAAUCGUUUCACUCCUUUGUUUACGUCUGGUAAAUUGAAAAACAUGUCUUAUCUAAUGACAAAGGGAGCGGACCUGUUCUUAGAACAUGUAAACAAGUUAGUGAGUAAACAACCAGAACUAGAUGUCCAUAAGUUGAUUCAAAAAUAUACAAUGAGUACAAUAUCAUCAUGCGCCUUUGGUAUAGAUAUUGAUAUGAAUAAAGAUGAUACUUUAUUAGAUCAAAUUAAAGCUUUUGAUAAAUUGAUAUUCGAAGUUAAUUAUGCACAAGAAUUGGACAUGAUGUAUCCAGGUAUCUUGAAGAAGAUAAACAUGUCAUUCUUCCCAAGAGCACUUAAAAUUUUUUUCUAUGACUUAACGAAAAAUGUAAUUGCGGAACGUAACGGCAGCCCAAUAGGGAGAAAAGAUUUCAUGGAUUUAAUACUUGAGUUACGACAGCAAGGAGAAAUCAAUGGAGUACGCCGUAGUGAUGAAAAAGUAUUACAUUUGGAUUUUAAUGAAGAUGUGAUCGCUGCUCAAGCAUUUGUGUUCUACGCAGCGGGGUAUGAAACUAGUGCGACUACUAUGGCCUUUAUGUUGUACGAGUUAGCUCGCAAUAAAGACGUACAAGACAAACUACUAGCUGAAAUAGACGACAUUUUAAAGAAAUUCGAUGGAAAAGUUACUUACGAUUGUAUUAAUGAAUUGAAAUAUAUGGAAAUGGCUUUCGAGGAAACUCUUAGACUUUAUCCUGUAGUUGAUACGCUUCAAAGAAGAGUGGAAACUAAUUACAAAUUUCCGGGUUUGGAUCUUGAAAUUAAAAAAGGGCAAAUGUGUGUAGUAUCUCCUAUGGCUAUUCAUCGGGAUGCAAAAUAUUAUCCCGAUCCUGAAAAGUUUGAUCCUGAAAGAUUUAGUCCAGAAAAUGUAAGGAAUAGACAUCCAUGUGCGCAUAUACCCUUUGGAAUAGGACCCAGGAACUGCAUAGGUUUGCGAUUCGCAAAAGUGCAGAGUCGCAUUUGUUUAGCGAAACUGUUGAGUAAUUAUCGUGUGGAGGUGACGGAGAACACUGUGAUGGAGUUUGACCCUCGACGAGUCGUGACUAGCCCCCGGGGAGGGAUGUUCUUGAAGCUCGUGCCUAGAUAGACCUUGUGUGAACCACAAUGAUGUAAUAGAUUACUCGUAUCACUAUUACAUUUAUUAUAUUUAUUUUUAUAUUAAAGACAAAAUUAAACGUUA